AUGGGUUCAAUUUAUUUUGUCGAUUCACAAGCUUAUACUGUUAUUAGAAAGGAUAAUAUUGAUGCUGUUCCAGUUAAGAUUUUGCCAACAGGUCAUUAUGAUUUAGAAUAUCGAAUUGUUAUUUGUACAAGAGAAAAUGAUGUUUUUGUUUUACGUAAAAACAAUAAAGGAGAUUGUCAUAUAAAUUCUUUUUAUAUUCGAGAACAUCCUUUCAAUGUUAUUUUUUGUUCUAGUCAGUUUGUCUUUGCCACUCGUCGUCGCCGACUUAUUUUUUACAGUCAAAAAUUUCGUCGUCAAAAUUCUAUGCAAUUUGAUGAAGAUAUUGUUGAUUUGGAACAUUUUUAUUAUGAACCUAAACAAUAUGAAGGAGUUCUUGUUGCUUUGGGGAAUGAAAUUAAUUUGUAUAUCGACCAAUUAAGAGUAGAUACAAUUAGAAUGGAUAGACCUAUAGAAUGGAUUAAAUUUGGAAGAAUGGGAAGGGAGGAAGGCGUUUUGGUUAUUUCUACUGAAGGUAAUAAAUUUGUUAAUUUUGAUAAGAAAAUCAAAUUUUAA